AUGUUCAGUGAAAUUGUGCACGGUUUGGUGAUUCGGACUCAAAAUGACAACAAAGUGAACCCGGAUGACCCGGGGGCUGAGCUGGUACCGGCUGCUCUGCGGAUUGGCAUCAUCCCUGCAGGCUCCACUGAUUGUAUCUGCUUCAGCACAGUGGGCACCAACGAUCCGGUCACGUCUGCUUUACACAUCAUUGUGGGUGAUUCGCAACCGAUGGACGUGUGCUCCGUCCACCACAACGACUCCUUUCUCAGAUUCUCCGUUUCGCUGCUUGGUUACGGUUUCUACGGAGAUGUGUUGUCCUAUAGUGAAAGUAAAAGAUGGCUGGGUCCCGCUCGCUACGACCUUGCUGGUAAAAAGAAAAAAAACUAUUAA